GCGGAGCAGGAAAAGUUUUUGGGGAAACUUGGAGGCGGUUGUAUUACAUCGGACCAACGGGAUGAAAAGCAUUUUCGUGUGUAUGCUGAGUUAAAAAAAAGUCGUCUUCGUCGUUGAGGUACAAUGGGACUCCCCACUUUGGAGUUCAGCGACUCUUUCCUGGACAGUCCGGACUUCAGAGAGAGACUCAAAUGUCACGAAAUCGAGCUGGAGCGGACUAAUAAAUUCAUCAAAGAGCUCAUCAAAGACGGGAACAUGCUCAUCACAGCGCUCAGGAAUCUCUCUGCAGCUGUGCAGAAGUUUUCCCAGUCCCUGCAGGAGUUCCAGUUUGAGUGCAUAGGUGAUGCGGAGACAGAUGAUGAGGUGAACAUCGCCCAGUCCUUCAAAGAGUUCUCUCAGCUGUUGAACACUGUGGAAGAAGAAAGGAGACGCUUGAUUCAGAAUGCAGAUGACGUGCUGAUUACUCCCCUGGAAAAAUUUCGGAAGGAGCAAAUUGGUGCAGCGAAGGAGGGAAAGAAGAAAUUCGAUAAGGAAACAGAGAAAUACUACUCCACACUUGAGAGACACCUCAACUUGUCAUCCAAGAAGAAGGAAGCAUACCUGCAGGAGGCCGACACACAGAUUGAUAAGGAGAGACAACUCUUCUAUGAUGCAUCGCUCGAGUAUGUUUUCAAAAUACAAGAAGUGCAAGAAAAGAAGAAGUUUGAGUUUGUCGAGCCGCUCCUGGCCUUUCUUCAGGGUUUGUUUACAUUCUACCAUGAAGGAUACGAACUGGCUCAUGAAUUUGAGCCCUACAAACAGCAGCUUCAGUUCAACCUACAGAACACACGAAACAACUUUGUGAGCACCAAGCAGGAAGUGGAGAAGCUGAUGAGGAGGAUAAGGUCUGCAGAUCAAGACUAUAAACCCCCAGGCCAGUGGACGAUGGAAGGCUUCCUGUACGUCCAGGAGAAACGUCCCCUGGGAUGCACUUGGACACGUCACUACUGCACAUAUGAAAAAGGCAGCAAGACCUUCAGCAUGAGCAACACUGAAAAUAAGUCAGCUGGGAAACAGAAUGGGCUUGUCCUGAACCAAGCAGAAAUGUUCAAGCUGAAGUCCUGCAUUCGGAGGAAAACAGACUCAAUUGACAAACGUUUCUGCUUUGAUAUUGAAGUGGUGGAGAGAAAUGACAUCUAUCGUGGAACUCUUUUCAGACCACUUCAGUUUUUCUGUAAAGUCCGGCAUGGCGUUAUGACACUGCAGGCGCUGUCAGAGUCCAACAGAAGACUGUGGCUGGAGGCCAUGGAUGGCAAGGAGCCGAUUUACAACCUACCAGCCAUACUGAGCAAAAAGGAAGAAACAUUUCUUAAUGAGGCGGGCUUUAACUUUGUAAGGAAAUGCAUUGACCUGGUGGAGAUGAGAGGCAUCAAUACAAUGGGACUGUACAGGAUUGGAGGGGUCAACUCCAAAGUACAGAAGCUGAUGACUACAGUGUUUUCAUCCAAGGCACCAGUGCAUAUGGACCUGGAUCCAGAGACGUGGGACAACAAAACCAUCACCAGCGGUCUGAAGAAUUACCUCAGGUGUCUCUCUGAGCCUCUAAUGACCUUCAAGCUCCACAAAGACUUCAUCAUGGCUGUCAAGUCAGAUGAUCAGAACUACAGAGUGUGUGCAGUCCAUGCUUUGGUCCAUAAGUUGCCUGAAAAGAACAAGGAAAUGCUGGAGCUCCUAAUAAAACACCUCGUCACAGUUUCCACACAAAGCCAGUCCAACAUGAUGACCGUGUCCAACCUGGGGGUCAUCUUUGGGCCCACUCUGAUGCGCUCACAGGAGGAAACUGUGGCUGCCAUGAUGAACAUCAAGUUCCAAAACAUUGUGGUUGAAAUACUCAUCGAGAACUUCAACAAGAUCUUUCACCAGCCUCCUGAUCCAAACGUACCCCUUCCCCAACCUCAGAGCCGGCCUGGCUCUCGAAGGAGCCGGGCCAUCUGUCUGUCAACGGGGCCCAGGAAGCCUCGCAGCCUCUACACGCCAACACUGUGCCUUGCAGAUGCAGAAAGUCCCUGCAUAGGUGACACUUUCAGCAGCAGUCCAGGCAGCACCCCCAUGGGCAGCAUGGAGUCUUUGUCCUCCCACUCCUCUGAGCAGAACAGCUCCUCCAAAACAGCUUCCUCCGCUCAGGUCAAGGACAAGUCGCUCCUGGACCUCCGCCGAACGCCAUCACAGCUCUCAAAUGGCCCCAGGAGCACCGUAUGUGUCAGCAGCCCUGAGUCCAGCUCCAGGGAGGAUGCAGGGCGUACAGAUGGAGAGUCAGAGGAUGCUCUCAGCCUGUCCUCUCUGAGUACGGCACCCAGGCUGUCUCCUGCCCCAAAAAAAGCCCCCCACUGUCGCACUGACCUCAGGCCAGCAUUGCUGAACCGCUCAGCUGCUCCCUCUCUGAAAUCCCUGCAUAUAUCUGAAGGCCGCAGAAGCUGCUCUGGAUCUGUCCACAAUCUGUCAACACUGGAGCCCAAAGAGAGUUUAAAGCCUGCUGAGCACCCAGACCUUCCUCCAAAACAAGUGGUUCGCCGCAGGAUGGACACCUCAGCCAGCAACGGAUACCAAAGACCUGGCUCAGUUGUUGCUGCCAGGGCGCUGCUUUUUGAAAAUGCCUCUUCCAAGAAGUCUGCUCCAGUCGGAAGAGAUGCCAAAGCAAUGUACUCCUGUGAAGCAGAGCACAGCCAUGAGCUCAGCUUCCCCCAGGGGGCGCACUUUUUAAACGUCUACCCCUCCGUUGAACCAGGCUGGCUCCAAGCAACAUACGAGGGAAGAACAGGGUUAAUCCCUGAGAAUUAUGUCGUCUUCCUCUAACACGCUGGUAAACGCUGCAUCUUUUUCAUGGUAUCCAUGGAAAUAUAAUGCAAUAUAAUGAGACUGAUGUUGUAUUUUUUUUUUUAUCUUAUUGCUGGUGACUGACUUUUCUGCAUUAUAUGCAGAUAUCAAACAGGACAGUUGUUGCUCUGACAGUGCUAAAAGUCCAAUAAUUUACCUCUUAAACUGUAAUGACUUUUUUUGUAAAUGUUUGGGGAAUCAGCCAAGAUUCAGAGGGUCAGUACUGGGUUGCACCAGCUAUGUGAAAGUUUAAACAUAGUCUAGUUUAAGUAGACUUCAAACUUAUGAUGGCUUUACACUCUGCUAACAUUUGAGGUGUUGCACCUGCAGAGAUGGUUUUAACGUAGGCUUAAGUCACAACUUCAAUCUUACAUGCACUUCUUAGUGGGGAGAAAGUCUUGCAGAAAUAUGGUUGUCUAGGUGUGGUGUUUAAAAGGAAAGGUAACUUGGAGAAUAAGGUGAAGAAAAGGUUUUAGCAUCUUCUCUGGGAUACAUUUAGGGCUGAUGAUUUCCAGUCUAUUGGUUUGUGCUCUCUUCAGAGCUAAAUCUCACUGGUGGACAAUCACAGAAAGAGAGUGAGAGAGAGAGCAGGGAAGUAAGAGCGCUCAGUGAUCAAGUAGUGUAUUGAGAGGGAGUGCCAGUGAUUCCAAACAAAACUCUCAUGCAGAGAAAUUAGAUGUUAUUUUCAUAUUGUUUCACAGCAGUUAAACUCUAAAUAACAAACACGUCAACACAAGCUGCUACAGUGUUGAAGCCGCUAACCUCUGCUACCUGAUUUUUUCAGCACAUGGAAAAUAUGUUUUAUUAAAUCCCUUGAGUCCCUGAAUCAGUUGUCAUUUCAGUACAACAUGAGGUUAGAACAUUUAUAAUACUACAAACCCUUAUGUUUAUAUUUAGUUCAUUUUUUUUUAGUUCAGCUGGUCGGGUAUAAGGACCUACCACCACUUCCAACCCACUUUUUAAAAACUGUCAACCACUGAAAUUUAUUUUGUUGCAAUUUUGAACCCAAAAAGAACAAAGAAUAAUUGAGCAAAUAGAUUGAACAAAUGUGUUUAAAAGCACAUGCAUGCAAGAAGGACAUGCAUACAUCUUAUUUUACUCCAUUUUCUCUAGACCACAUGGAAUUUUGGUCAUUUUUUGAGUUUCCUGGUUAUCUUGGGGAAACUAGCUUUGUUAUCCAAAGAAAAUGAGAUAAAUAAGAGAAAUCUUUGGACAAGUACCAAAAUAUACUGGUCAUCAUAGGGCAACUUAAAAACUACAUGUAUGAAUUUACUAUAUGUCCAGUUUGGGCUUCCGUAUAUAGACUUUUCAACCCUUUUUUUUCUGGCAUACAUUCACAACCCACUUGAAAUGGUUUUGGGUCCUAACACCAGUUGAGAAUCACUGAUUUAGACUACCAACCAUAGUACACAUACAACACUGUCACUGAUUAGGGAGAUCUGCUGUUUUUAUUUUAACUGCAUUUUGACUGGUUUAAAAGUGGGUGCAAUUUUAGUCAAUCAGGUUUUUCUUUGACAUAUUGACAUUGACCUAUCCCAGGCUGUAAUAAUUCAACCCAAAAAUAUUUACUUUCCAUGUAGUACAUUGAAAAUAAUUAAUUUUUCUGUUUAUUUUAUUUUGCUUUUUUAAAUCAAAAAACAUGGUGGCACCACGACAAACAAGUGGCAUUCAAGGGGUUAAAAUCUUUAAAAAAGUAAUGAACAUUUGACAUCAACAAUUAGGUCAGUUGUAGGAGAAAAUGAGCUCGAUGAAAGUAUAAUAACAUUUUUAUGUUUAAUGUUUUUAUAGCUGUCGUAUGAAAGGAACAUUUUUUUGCACUAUACAGCUUGGGGUCAGUCUUUCACAUUCCUUUUUACUCCAUAAAAAUCAAUGCAUAUUGAAACUGAAAAUAAUUCAUUUUUCUUUUUUUAUUAAAAACAUGGUGGUUUCAUGGCAAAAAUGGCAUUCUAAGGUUGAAAUCUUGAAAAAUUAAUACAAUUUUGAUAUCAAUAGUUAGAUCAGUUGUAGGGAAAAAAAUAGCUAAAUGAAAGUAGAACAGAAUAUUAAUGUAUAAUGUUUUCUAUAGCUACUGUAUGACAAGCGCAUUUUUUGUGCUUAGCAGCUUGAAUGUGCCUAAUAAAACAAUCUCUAGGGGUAAUAAACUGAAAUGCAAGAGCUGUUUUUAGGAUGUAAUGUGGAUUCAUUUUUCUUGAUAUGCACAAUUUGGUAGUCAACGCCAAACUACGCACCAAUUUUAUGCUGUAAAUAGAAAGCUAGAACCUCCUUGUUUUGACUUAGAGUUGUAUUUUUAACUCACGAAUUUGAAGUUUUGAAAGAUGUAAUGAAGUACAGUACUUCCCUCAAAAUAGACUUAAGUAAAUUACAGUAAUUAGAGUAAAUGUAAUUAAAUACUGUCAACCUCAGCCCUGUAUUAUCAACCUAAUUGUUACUAUCACAACAUGCAGAGCUGACUUUUUUCAAUUCAUAUUUUGAUUUAACUUGAAGCAAAUACUGCCACUUGCAUACACAGAAAGGCUGCAGAUUCAACCUACCUAACAGCACAUGCUCUCUCUGUCAUGCUGCAUCACACAGGAAGGUGCAUACACACAGACACACUCACUCCAACUGCUCUCUACAGUUUCUACACAGUGAAGAAAUAUUGUGGAUUUUCAAAGUCCUACAGCCCAGCACUAACAUUUUCUCCUUUAUGAAAAUCAAACAGACUUUUUUUUCUAAAUUUUUAUGAUCAUUUUCAUUCUGUCUUCCUUGUGGAAAAAAAGGUUGUCACGGUACAAUUUUAGUCAUAUUUUAGCCAAUUAAAACUAAUGUAGGGUUUAGUAUGGGCGUUACAGCUUGCGCAUAGCUGGUGCAAUAGACCACAGAGGAAAUAGAUAAAAAUGUAAAAGAUGUACUGUAAAUACAUUCCCCUUAUAUUGCACUGAUAUUUAAAGUCACAGUAUUACACCUCAGAGUCACAAAAUAAUCACAACCCAUUUCACAAGAUUUAUUGUCAGAAAUAUAUUACCUUUAAACUUCCUGUUAUAUCAACAUAACAUUUUUAUAAUGCAAAUCUGUAGCUUCAUAAACAUGUAUGAACUGUAAUUGAACAAGCUGUGAUUAUAAAUAAGGAUAGAAUCUAUUUUAUUAGAAUCUAAUAGAAAAGCAUAAUGGUUUGCACCUUAUCUUUCAUUGUUCAUCCACUGAACCUGCUCACAUCUGCAGUGCACUUUCUAUUAGCUAGAUGGUACUGUACUGUACAUUAGGUCUUCUCUAGUUUCUAAUCAAAAUAUUUACUUCCUGUAACUGACAGUGACUAUAAAUUAUCACUUUGAAUAUACAGUGUAUGUUGUAUGAAUAUAAAAAUGUGUUUUUAUAAGGCCAUGAAUGCUGUUUAUGAGGUGGAGCCUUCACCUUGAGUGCCUUUGAUGGUACUAAACUCACUGGUACACUGGUGUACUGGUAUCGCAUGAUAUUAUGUAAAAGAUUUUAUAUAAUAUUUAGUUUUUUAUUACUGUCACAACAUUUCCAAAGCCAAUCAAAAAAGUUAACUUUAGUGAUACUAUUUUAGAGAAAAAGAUUAAAGAAAGAAGCUAAUGAACAAGCCUUUUGAUUUUUACUUAUUACAAACUUAAAAAGUUAUAUCAAAGUGAAACUUUCCCUGCUGGAAGUAAAUGUUAUUUGGGAGGUGGUUUUAGAUGUCGCACUUGCCAAGAUCAUGUUGUUCUUUCCCACUUACAUUUUUUAAGUAUGUGAGGUGGCCUUGAACAUUGAUGCUGGAAUAAUACUCCCUUACAGUCUGAAUGUGCAGGGCUAAUAUCACGGAAAUGAUAGUCUGAAUAUGUAACAUUUGGCAUCCUUUAUUUGUUUCCUUGCAAUCAGUUACUGUGUCUUGACAGUGCAAAAACAUGUCUAUAAAUAAACAGCGUGAUUUAUAAGACCUGUGCUCUGAAUUCUUUGUAACAAUGAAGUUAACUUUUGCUCAUUGCAGUGAGAAAUUCAAAACAGGUGGAGCUGUGGACGUGUUUUAAGUGUAAGUACAGUUGGACUGGUCUGGACUGGUUAGUUUCUAUUACAGCAUCAUUAAAUACAUCUUCUUUCUUUUUUAACUAACCAGCUGAAAAGAUUGUUAAUUAUAUUAGCCCUAACUGACUGAGAAACAAUCAGGGAGCAGUCAUCUGAUCAUAGACUCAGAAUUGCACCAGUUCCAUCACUAAAAAGCCCACGGAUUUUUCUCUGGGCUUUUGGUUUUGAUAAAAUAUUUGUUUGGUGUGAUAACAUUUAAUGUUUCUGACCAACUCUGUAGUCCUAGUGAGUCACUUGUUAGCUGUCUUUUUAAGACAUGAACAGCUUCAAAGAUCUCGUGUUGGAACAUUUUAAGAUGUACAGUGUCAUGUACAUCUAGUAGUGUGGUGCAUUUAAGGAGGAAAUUUUCUUCCUGUUUUCCUUCAUUUUUGUCAGGGCUGUUGACAUCAGUACAUUAAUUGCAAUUAGAUAAGAUCCAUAAUUAGUGCAUCACUUUUGAAUUCCAUCAGUUGCUUUAUAUUCCCUUGCAGCAAACUUUGGUUAAACCACUGCAGCUUCUCCCUGCAGCUACAGUGAUGUCAACAACUCCCCCAUUGCUUCUUAAAGUCUUGAUUCAUUUUUUUUUAAAUCAGACAGCUCAGGGGACAAGUCAAAUCCUUUUUCUUAUGGACAGACGAGUAGUUUUGUUACCUUAACAUGUUU